AUGUCUGCUACUUUUAUAAUUCCACAAUCCAUCAGGGAAAUUUCAACUAAUUCAACUACAAUCAACGAAACAACAUCUAACACAACGUCCACCACUCCUACGUCUACCUAUACUGAAUUACCUGCCCAAGGAUACCUUGCUAGAAUUUCCAAUUUGCCAGCAGUAUCUGCUAUAAAUGGCAUGAUAUCUUCUUUCCCUGUUGUCAAAAUAUUCACAUCUAAUGCUGUUCCCAUUUUGAUUGCGAGACAAGAGCGUAAGAAAAAAGAAGAAAUAGAACGAUGGACGGAAUAUCAAAAAAACUUGAACAGACAGUAA